CAUCCAUAAUCAAAGUACAUCUCCCAAUUUAUCUCCAUGAACAACUCUCCCUCUAACUUUCUUUGACAUGCCAUGGCUUUUCCUCUCUCCAAGCCAACCUCUUUUCUUCCUUUAGGGUAUCAUUUCUCACUCAUUAUCCUCCAUUCCACCUAACUUAAAUCACUGUCCUUACAAUUUCACUUCUUAAAGCACUUCUUGUCCUCUACUCCACAUUUUCAUUUUUUUUCUCCUUUGUCUAGUCAAGUAAGUUCAUUGCUCUCUCUCUUUUCUCAUGGCAAAACCCUCCACAAUUAAAGUACUUGAGCACAGUAAGAUAUCUCCAUCUCCCAAUUCAUCUCCAUCAACAACUCUUCCUCUAACUUUCUUUGACCUGCCAUGGCUUUUCUUCUCUCCAUGCCAACCUCUUUUCUUCUAUGCAUACCCUCACUCCACUUCUCACUUCUUAUCCUCUACUCUACCUAACUUAAAGCACUCUCUUUCUCUUGCUCUCCAAGAAUUCUUCCCUUUCCUUGGGAAUCUUGUUGUUUCAUCUUUUGAUUCCAAUAAAAAGCCCAAGUUUGUUUACAGAGAAGGUGACUUUGUCUCUUUCACUGUUCAAGAAUCUAGUGGUGAUUUUAGUUUCUUUACUAGUAAUCAUGCAAGAGAUGUGCAUGAGUUUUACCCUCUUGUGCCUGAGUUAGCUACUAGUAGUGUAGCAGCAAGUGGCUUGCAAGCAUUGAUUCCUUUACUGGCUGUGAAAAUUACCAUUUUCUCUAAUAUGGGUAUUUGUGUUGGGCUUGCAUAUCAUCAUGUUGCAGCUGAUGGGAGAACAUUCAAUUAUUUUAUCAACUCAUGGGCUUCAUCAUGUGCAAAUUCUAGUUUCUUGAUGAAUUCUUUGCCAUGCUUUGACAGGUCUGUGAUUAAAGAUUCACUUGGGCUUGAGGAGAUUUUCUUGAAGGAGUUGUGGAAUAGAAAGUCCUCACAAGAACUGGCUAUAGGCACUGAAGCCCAUGUUGAUUUGUUAAGCAUGGUUAGAGCUACUUUUAUAGUGAGCUUAUUAGACAUGGAAAGAAUCAAGAAAUGGAUUAUUGGUAAUUGCAAGAAAAGAAGUCGGCCAUUACCUAUACAUUUAUCUCCAUAUGUUUUAACUUGUUCUUUCUUAUGGGUUUGUUUGGUGAAAGCCCAAGUUCAAAUGGAUCAAGAAGAAAAUGAGGAGGAUCUGAACUACUUUGCCUUCGUUGCAGGUGGUUUGACCCGGAUUGACUAUCCGGUACCCGCCACAUAUUUUGGUAAUUGUGUUGGAUUUGGUCGGGCAAAAGCAAUCAGGAGCGAAUUAUUAGGAGAAGAUGGGAUUAUUGUUGCUGCAAAUGUGAUUGGAAACAUGAUCAGAAAGUUGGAUAAAGAAAUCUUUAGUGAAGCAGAAAAAUGGAUUUCGGAUUGGGAAGUGUUAUUUGGUUCGGAGGUCCAUGUAAUGGUAUCCGGGUCACCUAAAUUGAAACUUUAUAGCGUUGAUUUUGGCUGGGGAAGCCCCAAGAAGAUAGAGGAUAUUUCAAUUGAUAAGAACAGAGCAAUUUCACUGACUGAGAGUAGAGAUGUAAAGGGUGGAAUUGAGAUUGGUUUAGCUCUACGUAAGAGUCAAAUGGAAAUUUUUGGUUCACAUUUCAAUGAAGGACUCAGAAUUCUUUAGUAAUAAACUGGUAUUUAAUUUAGAUGAAACCAGUUCAAAGCUGGCAUCACAUAUUAAAAUUUUUAAAUAAUAAUUUCUCUCUAGAGGAUAAUGUAUUGCAAGUGAUAUCAUAUCUUUAUCAUCCAUUUCAAAUAGUAUUUAUUUCUAUAAGAGAAUGAGUGUAUCAGGUAAGGCUCACCCUUUCUUGAAUAAUAGGAUCUUCUGUAGUUGUAGUUCUAAUAUGCAAUUUCUAAAAUGUACCUCAAACUUUCUCAAUAUAACAAGAGUAAACAAACAAGAAGUUAAAUUAUUUCCAUUUCUUAGGAAUUUGUAUUUUCUCAUCUUGCCUUGACAAAAAAGGGACCUUGA